CCGUGCGCUCGGCCGCCGCCUUGCAGUCGCGCCGUGAUUUUUAUCGGCGGGUAUUAUGCCGGCGCACCGGAGUCGCGCCCCACGUGCCGCGAGCUCGCCGGUGCCCGCCGACUACGCGCCGCCACCACACUACCACGCUGUCCUCUCAUCCUCCAACAACAUAACACAUGCGAUUAUACAGCUCACGUCUACCGGAAUGUAAAUAUUUAUGGAUGUCAGUUUUCAGUUGUUUAGAUUGGCUGUGAAUUUUAAGGUGAAAAUGAAAUCGGCAAGGCGUGUUCGUGUACAUGAAGAUGCUAUACGUCAUAGUGAGAGUAAGAGUGGCGGCAACCGGCUGGCGACGCCUCGGAUGUCGCUACUUGGCAAACCGCUCAGUUACCGCGCAACGCGACGGGACGCGCGAUACCGCCGACUACAGUCCAAGUUUUACAAUUUUCUAGAAAGGCCUAGAGGUUAUAAGGCAGUCUUGUAUCAUAUGAUUGUGUUUUUGAUGGUGUUCAUGUGUUUGUCGCUGUCUGUGUUCUCCACAAUCGAAGAGUACGAAGCGAAAGCGGGGAUCGUUCUCUUCUACAUGGAGACAGUGGUGGUUGUAUGGUUCGCUAUUGAAUUCAUUUUAAGGCUAUGGUCGUCAGGAUGCAGGUCACGAUAUCAAGGAUCGAUAGGCCGCCUCAAAUUUUUGCGGCGGCCUUUUUGCAUUAUAGACGUUACUACGAUACUGGCGUCGUUGGUGGUUCUGGGUAUGGGUUCGUCGGGGCAGGUUUUCGCGGCAUCAGCGUUGCGCGGCCUGCGUUUCUUCCAGAUACUUCGAAUGGUUCGCAUGGAUCGUCGAGGUGGUACAUGGAAACUACUAGGAUCAGUCGUUUACGCGCAUAGACAGGAAUUAAUAACGACUUUAUACAUAGGUUUCCUUGGAUUGAUAUUUGCAUCGUUUCUAGUCUAUCUUGCUGAAAAAGAUGUAGCCGAUACCAAAUUUAAAAACUUUGCUGAGGCUUUAUGGUGGGGAGUGAUCACGCUGUGCACGGUGGGAUAUGGCGACAUGGUGCCGCAGACCUGGCAGGGUAAAUUCAUUGCAUCUUUUUGUGCUCUGCUUGGGAUAUCAUUCUUUGCCCUUCCUGCGGGUAUUUUAGGUUCGGGUUUCGCUUUGAAAGUUCAGCAACAGCAACGUCAAAAGCACAUGAUAAGGAGAAGACAGCCAGCGGCAACACUCAUACAGGCUUUGUGGAGAUGCUACGCGGCUGAUGAGCAUUCCAUGAGCGUUGCUACUUGGAAAAUACACCAGAUCCCGUUGCCUAGUCCUCAGACAAGUCGAGUGAUGAGCGCGUCAUUCAAGAACAAUGCAUCCUUUGUGUCGCGGUUGCCGACGAUCCGACGGCACAAGACCACGUCCCUGCACUCCCCCGCGCCGCACUCCAAGCCGGCGCACAGAUACGACGUUAACGCUAGCGCUGAAAAUCUCGGCGCGACCAACGGACGAACAAUGCGGACGCGACCUGUCAACCCUUCGCAGAGUGAGGACUCAGUAGCAGAAACAGCCCUCUCCAAGAGAAACUCGGACGAUGAGGAAGAUGAGCCACGCUGUGUUACUCUAACGCCGCGACACAAAGCUGCAAUACGUUUUAUUAGAAAGCUCAAGUAUUUUGUCGCACGCAAGAGAUUUAGAGAAGCGUUGAAACCUUACGACGUGAAAGACGUGAUAGAGCAAUACUCUUCGGGACAUGCGGAUCUGCUAAACCGAACCAAGAAUUUACAGUACAGGUUAGACCAAAUACUUGGCAAACAAGGGUCAAAGGCUAAAGACGUCUACGCAUCCAAAAUAAGUCUUGCUUCCAGAGUAGUUAAAAUCGAAAGACAAGUAGAUGACAUAGAGAGUAAGUUGGAUCAUUUAUUAGAGAUGUAUGAAGAAGAUAGAAGAUCGCAUAGGGCAGGUGGUGGAAGGAAUGGAGGUGAGGGUGGGCCUUCAGGAGAAUGUGGAUUAGCGCUCAGAAUGCGACCGGCUUUGUCAGACAAACAGUGCUCGGAGCCGAACUCUCCAGUAUCUCGAACUUUCGACCAACCAGCUCCGGCAUCGGCACCUCCUCUUCCUCAUAAACGACCUAUGAACAGAGGAUAUUCAGAUUUGGGAACUAGGUUUAUGAGGAAAAAAGUGAUUGUUAAAACAUCGUCUAGUCGCAACAGUGAUUCCCCCAGAGACGAUGAGGUAGUUAUCGUAGUUCCCACAGACAGAGAGGACACGCCACCGCGACUUGUCACCGACAGCUCAGAAGUGUGCGCUAGCUGUUCGGUGGAAGUGGAGACAGAGGCUGAUGUGGGUGGAUCCCAUUCUGGAAGUUCACCAUCAGCAUCUUGGUGCGAGGGUGAUGGCACCGAAGAGCGCGGUUACGGCUCCGGGGACUCUCUGGCCGAGGAUACCGCACUUCUGGGUGACGCGGCGCAGUCUGCCAACCCGCCGCGGAUAGUCCGGAACCAGCGCCGGGACGUAGCCGUCGAUCUCCACCUCCUACGACCUGAUGUUUGAAAGAUCUCGCUGUUUCCACAUUCGGUGGUCACCUUAGUUCCUCUCCUGCUCGACUACCUAAAAUUACUUUUGGUAUUGACGUCGUUCGCACAAUAAUUUUGUAUUCGACAUAAAAUUGCUGUCCAUUCACAAUUUAGAUACAUAGGUGCUUAAUGCGAAGAAAGAGCAAUCAUAGUUUAGUGCGGUUAAAUAGUUAUGUAAGUAAACUUUAACUCCAAUUAUGGAUACAACGAGUAGGUUUUACUAUUAAUUUUACAAAGUUGACCCCUUCCGCUCGUUAGGCAUUAAUAAAGACCAAAGACUUUCAAAACGAGUAGAUGAUUUUAAGUAUUAAAUUAUUGUUGUUAUUUUUUACGCUUAAAAUAUUGCAUUAUACUACGUUAAACUUUGAAAAUUGAGUUGUAGAUAAUUUGUAUAUAAUAAUUUUAAUGACUAAGUCAAAUUUUUAACGAUUAUUUAGGUAAGUAAAUUUAAGUAUUUUAAACUAAGUGAAAAAUUUUUCGUGAUGUUGACGAAUAUCUAAAGAGAAGUAGUUAAACCUACCUUGUUAAUAUUUUUAAGUCAUACAUACCAUUAUGCAAAAUGUCUAGUCAUACCUUAAACGGGUCUCGAUACAAUAUACCGUAAAUCAGCUCAAACGAAAUCGAUAAUAAAGACCAGACGCAAAAACUGAAAUCGAUACUCGAUAUAAACUUUAUUUUGAUUCUUCAUCCUAAUUAGAGGUGAGGUUGCAUAAUAAGUGAAGUGAGAUUUGCAUUUGAAUGAUUGUUUGUUUGAUGAGAACAAGACAACAGACGGUAAUUUAAAUAUAUCUGAUUAUAUUUUUAAGACGCUUUCAAAGAAUUGAGAAUUUAGCACAACACUAUUGGAACUACUGUAGCACUUAAGAAUAAGAAAGCAACAAAAACGUUGUACGUUCCAUUUAAAAAAAAAUCAACAGUUUGAAUCUUUAAUUUUAUGCGUUAUUACUUGCGUUUGCAAAAUGCUGUGAUAUUUUUAUUACCUCAUUACUGGUCAUAAUUCUUGAAGCUACGGACAUCAUACAACGAGAAUUUAGAUGCUUAUGUCCCAUCGCAACAAACAUUAGAUUUGAAAUUAAAGUUUGCUAUUCAGAUACUUAACUGAAAAUUGUAUUGAAAUAAAUAUUUUAAAAUAUUGAGACUCUGAAUUGGUGCUAGGGAUUAUCGCAUUUCACAAUAAUCUUUUCAAACCCGCGAGGGACCAAAUGAUUUUACUUACACACGCCCGAAUUUUCGUUUAUACAAAGAUUGUCGUAAUGUGCAAUAGUACAAAAUAUCGUUGAUUGAAUUGUUGCAAGAAAACUUUCCAGUUUAGUAAAAUGUAUGUAAGUUCAAUGUAUUGAUAAAUUUACAAAGAAAAAGUUAAUCUUAAAUGUUCCACAUUUAGUGGUAGGGUGAUUGAUAAAACUACAUCCAGUAUCUAGUCUCCAUUUAAAGAAAAAUCAAUUGCGGCUACGUUUCAGCUUUGGUAAUCGCUCAAUUGCAUUCAUACUCGGUAAAUCAUAAAAUUAUAGUCCGGGAUAUACAUAAAAAUCAUUGUUACCCUGAAAUGUAAGAAAUUCUCUAACUAGAUCUUAGCAUCGACGAAUUUAAAAAAAAAAUCUCUGCAACAAGGGUAUUAUUCUCUUAAUCUGUCAAAUGAGUACUUAACCUUCCUACCUAUAUGAGAUCCAAUUCUAGUCUUGAAACAAUUUUAACUUUUGGACACAUUUCUUGAUGAAGCAGGGUAUUUAAUUGCCUGAGUAAACUAGAUAAGAUAUUAAAAUAUUGGUAUGUACCUAUUUAAUAGUCUAACACCAGGCUAAUUUGGCAAAACGGCAUUUCCAGCGGCCUAAAAUACCUAUUUACAAAUAUUUAUUGUCAAAAUAAACAUAAGAAAUUACAAUAAUGAAAUACACCAUGGGACCUACUGUUGCCUACUGUUAUAAACCUUUUAAGAAAGAAAAGCUUAUGUACAAUUACAAUAAGUUCGUUUACAUUCUAACUCUUAUUCCACUAGUAAAUAGAUGAAAUUUUCCUAUUCGUGAUAGCAUCUUUAGAAAAAACGUUACAAAAUUAAGUAAGAACCAAAUUAUUUAAGAAAUGUAAAGGUAGGUACGUGCUUGUGUAACUUUCGUUGGGUAUUCUGAUAUUCAUUCAGAUACCUGCCAAUACGAUAACGUCAGCGGUGCUUGGUGUUUAUAAAAUAUAAUAUAAUUAUGUUUGAUAUUCGUUGAAAUGAGUUAAAAAUUCAUGCACCAUAUACCAAUUAUUUACUGUGUUACUCUAUUAAUGUGAGAGUAUAAUAUGUGAAGCAUGGCUUUGUUAAAGUAGAAUUUUAAAAUAUUGUUCUGUUUUCUGUGUACUCCGCUUCUAACUAAAAGCGAGCGUACCUUAUAUAAUAAGUACAUAUUUGUAUUUUAUUAUCAUCAUUGCGCAUUUCAUCAUUAGCAUCGGUUUUACUAACGGUUGUCAAUUUUGGGUAACGCAAUUUUUUACAGAAUUGAAUCGAAGCUCUGAUCAAAUUGUUUGUAAUUGUUAACACGGAUUAGUACGCGUAAUCUACUAAAGUAAAAAAAAAAAUAUAUCAGGAAAUCUCUUCAAUUGCAAAUAGGUAUAAUCAAUAAUUUUGAUAGAUUAAAAAAAAGUUUGAGUUUCUUGCCACCAAUGAGCCUGUAUAUUAUAUAUUCUUAUAUAAGGUCCAUAUGAAAAUAUUUGUUUUUAAAGCCGAUGUUGUGAUCAGAUUUGUAUCAAAGUAAAUAAAUGUAAGACAGUUUGCAAUUGUUUUGCCUGUUAAGACAAUUAUCUGUAAUUAAGCAAAUUUUAGGUAUCAGUAGAUUUUCUAUUACUUACAUGACAUCGCUUAUGUACCUAUCGCGUAUUGAUACAAUAAAGAGUGAUGA